AUGAGCACACAAAACUUUAAUGAUAAGACAAUUGUUACAAAAUCAAAAAGAGGAAGAAAAGCUCUUGCAGUAAGCGAAGGACAUAUAGACACAACUGGAAGAACUCAUAUCAUGACAGUUAGAAGGUCAAAUCCUCCGACGUCGAAAAGGAAAUCUUCAAAGGCUCCAAAUGCCAUAAAACCAAGCAAUAAUUAUUGCAGUCGAUGCGAGCAAAAAGAUAAUUAUAUCGACGUACUUAAUGAUCGAAUUGGUAAAUUAGAAAAUGCGGUAAAUAUAUUAACUAACGAAACAAAACAAAAUAACAAUCAAGAAAAUCCUCAACCGUUAUCUACUAUUAGAACAGAGGAAAAUUUCAACCUAUUUAAUCAAAAUAGUACCGAGCUAUUUGAAAGACAAAAUCAAACACAAUUACAAGUUCAGAUGGAAACUCCGAUCACUACAUCAACACCAGAUAUUGGCGUUCCUUAUCAGUUUGUUGAUUCAGCAAUUCCUCUACCUUACAUUGGUUUAGAGGUUCCUUUUCAAUAUCAAAUACAAUUACAAACCCAAUAUAACAUAAUUACUAAUAUGAUAACUCAAAUACAAACUCAAAUGGAAGCUCCGAAUUCCACAUUAAGUCUUUCGUAUGAACUAGAAGAUCCCGCAGAUUGGAGUCAUUUACCCAAUAAUACUGAUAAUUACGAUAAUAACAAAUCAUGA